AUGAAUCGGUGUCCACUCCCACCCUUAUUGCACUCCAGCGUCACUGCCCGGGCCAAGGAACGAAUGCCCUCUCCAUCGAUCUCCUCUCCCCUUUACGCAGCGGCAGCUUUUCGCACUACUUCCAACUUGCCCAGGGCUCUAUAUGAAGCGGGCUACGGGGGCUCAAAUCAAACGAACAGCAGUCUCUGUACUACACUGUACAUGCCGGCGUAA